GUGGCUAAGGAUGUGUCUGUGCGGCUGCACCACGAGCUGGAGAAGGUGGAGGAAAAGCGUACAAAGACAGAAGAAGAGAAUGAAAAGCUGCGACAGCAACUCAUAGAGGUUGAAGUGACCAAACAGGCUCUGCAGAACGAACUGGACAAAACCAAAGAGUCUCAAAAAAGAAGAGGAAGCAAAGACAUCCAGAAGACGGACAAGAAACCGGCACAGACUCCUACUGAGGAGGAAAAUGAAGACUUGAAAUGCCAGCUAGCUUUCGUCAAAGAGGAAGCCGUGCUCAUGAGGAAGAAGGCAGCCAAGAUCGACAAAGAAAAAGACCGCCUGGAACAGGAGCUGCAGAAGUACCGGUCCUUCUACGGAGAACUGGACAGCACCCAUCCUAAAGGAGAAGCUGGGGGGCCGCCCACCACCCGCGAGUCAGAACUUAAACUACGACUUCGUCUGGUGGAGGAGGAGGCCAACAUCUUGGGCAGGAAGAUAGUUGAGUUGGAGGUGGAGAAUCGCGGGCUAAGAGCCGAGCUCGACGACCUGCGYGGCGAAGGAGAGGGAGCUGGAAGCGCCGGGGGUGGUGCCGGAGGCGGGCCGGGCGCGGGGCGUGGCCUGGGAGACGACCUGACGGAGCUCCGGCAGCAGCUGCAGCUGGUGGAGGACGAGGCCGAGCUGCUGAGGAGAAACCUGGCCGACGCCGAGGAGCRGAACAAGAGGGUGACGGCGGAGCUGAACAAGCUGCGCUUCAAGGCCGGGACUCAUGAGGGAGGGGCCAGGCACGGCGGAGGACUGGCAGGAGGGGCGGCGAGUGAUGGAGCCAAAGCAGAAACUCUGCAGGAGGAGCUUAAAGCUGCCAGACUGCAGAUUAAUGACCUAAGUGGCAAGGUCAUGCAACUACAGUACGAGAACCGCGUGCUCCUCUCCAACAUGCAACGCUACGACCUGGCCUCCCAUCUCUCCCUGCGGCCCAGCCCACGGGACAGCGACGCCGAGAGCGACGCCGGUGGCGGCGCGAGCGGCCGCCGUGAGAGCGACGAAGACUCCACCUCCUCCCGCCUGCUCCCGCCGCACCGCAAGCGCGAGGGCCCCGUCGGCGGAGAAAGCGACUCGGACGAGGUCAGGAACACUAACGGCAGCAGCCGGUGCAUGACGCCCACCCGGGGCCUCUACACCCCGACAGGGCUGGAGGGCUCCACCCCCUCCGCCUUGGCCCGCUUUCUGCCCGGCGGCCGCUGCAGCCUGCGCGAGCGGCAACAGAUGGUAGACAUCCGAGUGGAGGCGGAGAGGCUCGUUCGCACCAUCGACAGGCUCAUCGCCGACACGGCCACCAUCAUCUCGGAGGCGAGGGUCUACGUUUCGAACGGGGACUUGAUGUUCGGGAGGGGAGGGGAGGAAGGCGGGGAGGAUGACGGGAGCAGGAUCAGGGAGCACGAACUGUUGUACCGCAUCAACGCGCAGAUGAAGGCCUUCCGAAAAGAACUGCAAGCGUUCAUCGACAGGCUGGAGGUGCCGAGGCUCGAGGACAGGGAGGCCGAGGAGCCGCUUUCGAUGUUUCAGCCAAUCAUUUUGCUCAUCCUCAUCCUCGUCUUAUUCUCGUCUCUCUCCUACGCCACCAUCUUUAAACUGGUUUUCCUGUUUACCCUCUUCUUUGUUCUGUGACGUCAGCCUCCUUUAGUUUACAUCAUUCCUUGUUUGUUUCAUUUUUGUUUUGGGUUGUUUUUUUUUUUUGCGCUGUUGAUUUUUUUAUGUCCAACCCCUCAUGAUUUGAUGUCAUUGUAACCUUGUAACCAAAAGCACAGACAAAGCUCGGCACCUGCCAAUGCUGCUAACAAAUUGGCUUUAAACACCUGGAGCCUGCGUCAUUAAAACCCACCUC